AUGAAGACAGUGAUACCUUUUAUCAUUUUCUUCUUCUAUUCCUUCCAUUUGUACAAUUGUGGAACACUAUCCGCCACGCAGUUGUCGGAGCAAACAUUGAUAACAAGUUUAUUGAGCGGAUACAAUAAAAAUAUCAAACCAGAUAGUCCAGUAUAUGUGGAUAUUACAGCUUCAUUGCAACAAAUAGUGUCUCUCGACGAAAAACAACAAAUAAUGACGUCUAGUUCAUUUAUCUCACAAGCAUGGGUUGACGAGCGAUUGUCAUGGACACCGAGUACGAACGAUAAUAUAAGUGUCGUCAUGUUACCAGUUCAAAACUUAUGGAUACCCGAUACAAUGAUAUUAAACUCAGCAGACUCGAGUGGUUACUUGACAAUCAACACUUACAGUUUAGCAUCUGUUGAUUUUACAGGUAGCGUUUAUAUGAUACUACCAGCAUUAGCAGUGAAAACACGAUGUAGUUUACUCAUUCGAAAUUUUCCAUUUGAUUAUCAAAUGUGUAGCAUCAAUCUCACCUCGUGGAGUCAAGGAUCGAAUCGAAUUAUUUAUACAGAAAAUGCUAGUACAGUCAUUGAUAUCACGGACUAUAUUGAACAUCCGUUGUGGAAAUUAAAGAACGUCUCGUUGGAUGUAAUCAGAAAAUCCGAUCGAGUGCCGUAUGAAGAUGCUUCUAAUGAUGUAAUAACAAUAAAUUUAUAUUUGAAGAGAAAACCAUUAUUUUAUAUCAUGAAUGGUAUAUUUACAUGUUUAGUCUUGAAUUGUGUUACUUUGCUGGCAUUUGGCUUACCAUUUACCUCACAAAUUGGUCUAUGUAUGACCUGUUUUAUGACAUACUCGGUCAAUUCAUUGACUUUCUCGAAUCUGUUUCCACAACAAUCAGAAUAUUUAAUGAUGAUAACAUUGUAUUUCAUAUUAUCAAUGUGUUGGACAUUGAUAUCAAUGUUAUGGUUUGUUAUAUGUAACUAUUUCAUAUCGAAGGGUGAAUUGCCCAAAUUACUUUUUGACUUCUCCGGAUUAUUACAAAGAAUAUCUGCUAACGGUUUCUCGAAGUCGAAGCAAACCGAUUUAAAUGUGAACAAAGGCGAAUUGAUGAGUUUGGACGAUGCAGAAACAACAAAACAUCGAUGUAUGUCUUGUGAAAGGAUACUUUCCGUAUGUCUUCGAAGACGAGUAGUAGUGGAAAAUGCUGAUAAACCACAAAAGAAUCCGGCAGAAGAUGUCGAAUCUGUUACAAGUGAUACAAAUGAUAUGACACAGAAUUCUGAACAUGUUAACAAGAUGAAGGCAAAAAGAAGCCCAAAAUGCAAUUUCUGUGAUCGAUGUGAAACUUGUCAAGUCAAUUUUGAUAGAGACAAAACGAAAAGCAAAAUAAAAAAAGAUGUGGAAGCCAAAUGCAAUAUUUUAAACUAUUUAGUUUUCAGCUUUGUUUUACUCUGCGUGUUUGUUUCAAACGUAGUUGUUUGGUUAUUAAUGUCACUGUAA